AUGUCAGCAUGAGGGUAGGCCAUGUUGGGCCAUAGGGCUCCUGUCACCCUUCUCAUACACUUAUCCCAGGCUUGGGAUUACAGUGCCCAGCAAUUACAGUGACCUUUCUCUGUGCAGAGGGGGAACUGGGACGGCCACAGAGUCUCCUGAGAAAGUCGGGGCUCAAGAAUAGGGCAGGAGGGACAUACACACUUCCCCAGAGGACAAGACUCUCCUCCCGUUAACCAUUACCGACUGCUUCCAAGGCAGCGUCUUGGAGGAGGCGGGACGUGGCGGGGUAGGUGGGAGGGUCAGCUGGUUUCGAUGGACCUUGUCCCUAACACUGAGCCUGGCUCGCUGAUCCAACCAUGGAGGCAGCUGCAGGUAAGAGGCCAGGAGAAAUCCUCUGCGGGGGACUUUAGGGCAGAGGGCAGAUUGGAAGGCUUUGGGACCAGGACACACUUGGUACUGGGGCCUGGAGCCCUGAGGCAAAUAGACUGGAAGUCAGGAGGGGAGAGGUGAGUGGGUGGAUGUGUCUGCCUUCCUGGUCCACGCCCUGUACUGAUAUGCUCAGAUUUCUGCAUAUGUCAGGAGGCCUUGGCUGGGGAGGAGAAGGAAGGGGAAGGGAAGACCCUUCUGGAGCGAGUCUUGAAUUGGGGGGUUCCCCGAAGUCCUUUCAGUUAAUGACCAUGGAAGUGGAGUCGGGGGGCAGAAUGUGCGUCUCCUCCCCUCGCCCCUUCUUUUCCCAGCAGAUCUUCAGGACACAGCUUCCUUGGCCCCAUCUCUGGAGCCUAGAACGACCUCGCUUCUAUCUGUUGAACAGAGAGGAGGGCAGGAGUUUUGGCUUCCACUUGCAGCGGCAGCGGGGCAGGGCUGGGCAUGUGGUGUGCAGGGUGGAGCCAGGCACCUCUGCCCAGCGCCAGGGUCUUCGGGAAGGAGACUGGAUCCUGGGGGUGAACAACCAUGCCGUGGAACAUGAAGAUUAUUCAGUGGUGAUACGCCGCAUCCGGGCCAGCGGUCCUCGGGUAUUGCUGACGGUUUUGGCGCAGCACGUGCAUGAGGUGGCCCGAGUUCAGCGGGGGAACGAUGCCCACCUCUGUCCCACUCUCGGCCGAGGGGUCCGGCCUCGGCUGUGCCACAUAGUGAAAGACGAGGGUGGCUUUGGCUUCAGUAUCACCCAAGGACAUCGGGGUCCUUUCUGGUUAGUGCUGAGCACUGGAGGAGCGGCUGAGCAGGCAGGAGUGCCCCAUGGGGCCCGACUGCUAGAAGUGAAUGGGGUCAGCGUGGAGAAGUUCACGAGUAACCAACUCAGCAAGAAGCUUUGGCAGAGUGGCAAGCAGGUGACCCUGCUAGUGGCAGGGCCAGAGGUGGAGGAACAGUGUCGCCAGCUGGGAAUGCCCCUGGCUGCACCCCUGGCAGAGGGCUGGGCACUGCCCACCAAGCCCCGCUGUCUGCAUCUAGAGAAAGGGCCCCGGGGCUUCGGGUUCGUGCUCCGAGAGGAGAAGGGGCUUGACGGUCGGCUCGGUCAGUUCCUGUGGGAGGUGGACCCAGGACUGCCAGCGGAGAAGGCCGGGAUGCAGGCUGGGGACCGGCUGGUGGCUGUGGCUGGGGAGAGCGUGGAAGGGCUGGGCCAUGAAGAGACAGUGUCCAAGAUCCGGGCGCAGGGCUCCUGCGUCUCGCUCAUUGUCGUUGACCCCGAGGCUGACCGCUUCUUCAACAUGGUUCGCUUGUCCCCACUUCUCUUCUUGGAGAGCACAGAGGCUCCUGACUCUCCCCAGGAUACCAGCGCAGCCUCUCUGGUUGAGACCAAGGACCCACCAGUUGAAGACACAACCGUCCCACGCGCCUUCCACCGGUGCUUCCUGUACCCUGGGCCUGGCGGUAGCUAUGGCUUCCGAAUCAGCUGUGUGGCCAGUGGGCCUCAUCUCUUCAUCUCCCAGGUGACCCUAGGAGGCUCAGCUGCCCGGGCAGGACUGCAAAUGGGAGAUGUGAUUCUGGAGGUGAACGGGUAUCCCAUGGGCGGAGAGAAUGACCUGGAAAGACUUCAGCAGCUGGCUGAGGCGGAGCCACCCCUGUGCCUGAAGCUGGCGGCCAGAUCUCAGCAGGGCUUGGAAGGCUGGAUCCCCCCAGGGUCUGGUGAGGACUGGGCUGUAGCCUCAGAUCUACUGUAGCACCCCCUAUGCCUGGGACAGAUCUGCCCAAGCUUUCCUGUCUCCACUCUCCAGCCUGAGGUGGUGGGAGCUGAGAUGCUCUCUUUAAACCAGAAGCUGCAGCUCUAGGACUCCGGAUACCUCCAAUCACAGGAGAGUCCUUGGCCUCCCUCCCUACCCAGGGGCCCACCUCCUGGAAGAGGGUGUGGCCAGAGGCCUCAGGUGGGCCCACAAGGGAGCCUCCCCUUUGAUUCCAAAGGAAGUCAUGUGGGAUCUUUGGGAGCUGUGCCCCAAGGAUGAAGAUCCGCGUGAGAUGAGUGGGAUGAUUUUGUGAUUUAUAACAAGAAAUAUAUGUUUGGCCUUCAUACCCUUUCCUGGCACAGAGCUCCUAAAAUCCUUGGAAUUUCCUAAGUAGUAAGAGAGCUAAAGCUGUCUUCUGUUUUUGACAAUAAGCCCCUUUCAACUACACCUAGUUUUGUUAAUGAGGUGACUCUUGAAAAGCACCUGAGAAUGGGGCACUGGUUUCCAGGGGAACCAGUCAUGUGAUUAGAGGGUUGGAACUUUCAGUGCCCCACCCCCACCCCUACCCUCAACCUCCUGGGAGGGGAGAAGGGCUGGAGGUUGAGUUAAUCACCAGUGUUCAAUGGAUUGAUGGAUCACGCCUACAUAAUGAAGCCUCCAUAGAAACCCAAAAGGACAGUUUCAGAGAGCUUUCCGUGUUGCUGAACACGUGGAGGUGCUGGGAGGGUGGCGCACCUGGAGAGGGCAUGCAGCUUCCAUGGUCAUACCUCGCCCGGUGUAUCUCUUCCAUCUGGCUGUUUCUGAGUUGUGUUCUUUAUAAUAAACUGG